AUGGUCAACCGACUUAUUGUUGAGGGCGCUGUACCCAAGGUCUCGGGACAGGCACCAGAGCGACUCGAAAUCUCUGUCUUCCUCAAAGAUAUCCGACAAUUCUCUCUUUAUAUCCAAGCUCUUGUCGCCCUUUAUAGUCAAGAUAGAAACGAUCCAGCAUCUUUUUGGCAAAUUGCUGGAAUACACGGUCAACCAUACGUCGACUAUGAUGGCACACCAUGCGACGGGAAUGAAUAUUGCGUUCACAGCACGGAUCUGUUCUCACCGUGGCAUCGGCCAUAUGUCGUUCUCUUUGAGCAAGAGAUCCAGAAGUUGGCCCGGGAAAUUGCGUCAACGUACAAGUACGAUUGCGACUCGUGGAUGGAAUCAGCAGCUGCGUUACGCCAGCCGUACUGGGGCUGGGAUAAGAUGGAGAGCGUAGUUCCUCCUGACGAAAUCAUCGUGGAGACAAAUGUUCAAAUUAUGAAGCCAGAUUGCAAAUCACUAGUAUUUGUUCCGAAUCCUUUCUUGACGUACUACUACCCCGAAGGAGGAAACUCUUCCUUUGUUGAACAUUUCAAAUUUCGGCCAAAUACUUCGCGGUACCCAAACACAAACUGGAUCUCGCAGACAACGAUGUUGAAGGCGGCGCUUCGAGCAGAAGCUCCAGCAAUUGUAGAAAACACACAAAGGCUGUUCUCGCUGAAGACAUGGCACGAUUUUACUCUGGGAAGCAAUGGAACCACAGGUCUAGAGGGCAUCCAUAACACCAUCCAUUCCACUACAGGCGGUGCGAAAGGUAACAUGGCGUACAUUGAAGUAGCAGGCAAGUUUAAAGUAGAAAGAAAAACUCAAACCGACUACUGGCAAUCUCCCGGCAUCGUUGAUACAGCGGAUACCUUCAAUUAUCAAUACGCAGGGAGAGCACCUAAAGCCUCUUCCUCAGAAGAUGUCGCAGAGCCCGCAGAGGUAGCGCUUGAAGAAUAUUCACACGCGCCCACAAGUGGCACAAUUUUAGAAUGGAGUAUUCGCGUGCAAUGCAAACCAUUCGCACUAGGCGGCAGUUUCUCGGUGUACAUCUUCCUCGCCCCCACGGUGCCCCCCACUGAUUCCGCCCAAUGGCUUUUCGACCCCACGUUCGCCGGAACGGUCGAUGUCUUCGCCAACACAAAUCCUGAGCAAUGUGCGAACUGCACAAGCCAUGCGAAUGAGCUGAUCAAGGGCUUUGUGCACAUCAAUCGUAUAUUCAAGAGUCGAUCCGGAGCGCAUUCCAUCGACCCUGACGCUGUUUUGCCUUAUCUUAGAAGCAACUUGAGCUGGGGCGUGGUCAAGGCGUCGGGAGAAGUGGUUGAGAUUGAAAAAUUACCGUCACUUGAGGUGACGGCCAUGUACACGCCGCUCAAACCUGAAAUCACUCGGGGUCGGACUGGAGGACAUCUUUAA